UAGUCUAAAUGCUACGUUUUAGACACAGAAACGUUCGUUCCAACCAAGAGUGACAUUUAAGUCUUAAUCCUGUGUGUCCUUACUCGACUAUGUAUGCCUUUCAGAGAUUGUACGUCACUGGCAUCUGAGCUUCAGUCAACCAAAUAGCAAACAAGGUCAAAGGACAUUUCUAUGUUCACCACAGUCUGGUGCAGAGAUGGAAAACACAGGCUAUUGCAGCGAGAGCUUCAACAGCCUACAGAGUGGAACCAGCGAUGAGGACAUGGUGGAAAUCUCUGGAACCACACUGGACUUCUCCAGCACAGAUGACAUGCCUCCUCUGGAUCGGGACUAUGGGUCCAGUGCUUCUUAUGGAGGUGGAGAUGGACCCAAUGGGGUUCCUAAAUUGAUGGAUUUGCUAGAUGAGCCAGUGCCUGGGGUGGGCACAUAUGAAGACUUCAACACAAUCGAUUGGGUCCGGGAGAAAUCCAAGGACAGGGAUCGCCACCGAGAGAUUGCUAUUAAAAGUAAAGAGUCUACCUGGGCUCUGAUGAAGAGUAUCAGUGAUGCCUUCUCUGGCUGGCUUCUCAUGCUGCUUGUGGGACUGAUGUCAGGUGCCCUGGCUGGUGGGAUUGACAUCUCUGCUCACUGGAUGACCGACCUAAAGGAGGGUGUGUGUCUGAGGGGCUUCUGGUUCAACCACGAGCACUGCUGCUGGAACUCUAACGAGACUACUUUCCAAGAGAGAGACAAGUGCCCUAAUUGGAAAAGCUGGGCUGAGCUCAUUGUCGGCACCAAUGACGGCCCUUUUGCCUACAUUAUGAAUUACCUGAUGUAUGUCAGCUGGGCACUGCUCUUCUCCUUCUUGGCUGUGUCUUUAGUCAGAGCCUUUGCCCCAUAUGCCUGUGGCUCUGGAAUACCUGAGAUCAAGACCAUCCUGAGUGGAUUUAUCAUCCGUGGCUACCUGGGCAAAUGGACUCUUAUGAUUAAAACCAUCACCCUGGUGCUGGCUGUGUCAUCUGGUCUCAGUUUGGGCAAAGAGGGGCCUCUGGUUCACGUGGCAUGUUGUUGUGGCAACAUUCUAUGCCACCUCUUUACCAAGUACCGCAAGAAUGAAGCAAAGAGACGAGAGGUAUUGUCUGCUGCUGCAGCCGUUGGUGUGUCAGUCGCUUUUGGUGCUCCCAUCGGUGGAGUUCUUUUCAGUCUGGAGGAGGUGAGUUACUACUUCCCUCUAAAGACACUGUGGCGCUCUUUCUUUGCUGCAUUGGUGGCUGCCUUCACUCUUCGCUCUAUCAACCCAUUUGGUAACAGCAGGCUGGUGCUGUUCUAUGUGGAGUUUCACUCCCCCUGGCACUUGCUGGAGCUCAUACCCUUCAUCCUGUUGGGCAUUUUUGGGGGUAUCUGGGGAGCGUUCUUUAUCCGUGCAAACAUUGCAUGGUGUCGACGGCGUAAGACCUCUCGUUUGGGUCACUACCCUGUCUUGGAGGUGCUGGUUGUUACAGCUGUCACAGCUUUGCUGGCGUUCCCCAACAGCUACACUCGGAUGAGCACCAGUGAGCUAAUCUCAGAGUUAUUCAACGAUUGUGGCCUGUUGGAUUCCUCACAGCUCUGCAACUAUGCUAAUGUAAGCGUUACCAAGAGCAACAGCAAUGCUCUGCCUGACAGGCCAGCUGGACAUGAUGUCUACACGGCCAUGUGGCAGCUGUCUCUGGCCCUUAUCUUCAAGAUGCUCAUUACUGUGGUGACCUUCGGCAUGAAGGUGCCCUCUGGUCUCUUCAUCCCCAGUAUGGCUGUGGGAGCAAUUGCAGGCAGGCUGCUUGGUGUAGGCAUGGAGCAAUUGGCAUAUUACCAUCAUGACUGGGUAAUCUUCAGAGGCUGGUGCUCACCUGGAGCAGACUGCAUCACCCCAGGUCUCUAUGCUAUGGUGGGUGCUGCUGCUUGCUUAGGUGGUGUGACUCGAAUGACAGUCUCUCUUGUGGUCAUCAUGUUUGAACUUACGGGUGGUCUGGAAUACAUCGUGCCUCUGAUGGCUGCCACCAUGACUAGUAAAUGGGUGGCAGAUGCUCUGGGUCGAGAGGGUAUCUAUGAAGCCCACAUCCGUCUCAAUGGAUACCCCUUCCUGGAGUCAAAGGAGGAGUUCAGCCACAAAACACUGGCCAUGGAUGUGAUGCGACCUCGGCGUAGUGACCCCCCACUUUCCGUGGUAACUCAAGAUGGAAUGAGUGUGGAGGAAGUAGAGUCACUCAUUGCAGAAACGUCAUACAGCGGCUUUCCCGUGGUUGUCUCACAUGAGUCUCAGAGACUUGUGGGCUUUGUGCUGCGCAGGGAUCUGAUCAUCUCCAUUGAAAAUGCUCGUCAGCGGCAGGAAGGUGUGGUUAGCACCUCCCGAAUCUUUUUCACCGAAUACACGCCUCCACAGCCGCCCAGCAGUCCUCCCCCGCUAAAGCUUCGUGGUAUCAUGGACCUCAGCCCAUUCACCGUAACUGAUCACACUGCCAUGGACAUUGUGGUGGACAUCUUCCGCAAGCUGGGCCUGCGCCAAUGUCUUGUUACUCACAAUGGGCGUUUACUGGGCAUCAUCACCAAAAAGGACAUUCUCAAACAUAUGGCCCAGAUGGCCAACCGAGACCCUGACUCUAUUCUCUUCAACUGAAGUGCCAAACUGGCUUUUAUAAAACACAAGCCAGUUUGAAACGUCCCAUUGGGCCAAGUGAUUUGCACUAAAGAACUGUCAGUACUGGAUUGGAAUCCAUUUACACUGUGAAACCCAUUUUGUAGAGCCUCAUUGGUGCAGGUAUUACAACUACGGGAUGGAGAACUUACAGAAACACAUUAUCUGCACGCCAGCACAAAGCUUGAGAACUGGAUUGAAACUGAAUGCAGCCAAGCAUUGGUCUUUGCAAGUAUAGCUAACCUAUCUUAAUAACAUAUCAAGACAUACAGACAAGUGACAAACAAAGCAGAAAAUCAAAUAAGAUCAAAUUAAUUGCAAUCAUAUUUUGUAGCACUGUUCACCUCUGUAACAUAAUAUUCCUGCUAAAUAUGGACAUUCACUUACAUGGCCUCUUUUGGAUUGUAUUUCUCAAGCUCUGUGAGAAAAAUGACAUUACAACAAAUAUUGAAAGAUAAAAUAUUAUCUUUCAAUAUUUAAGGAAAUUUCUUGUGUGUCAAGAGGCAAGUCAGAAGCAAGAAGUCAUCAAGAGUUUCCUUGCCUUUUAUUAUGCCAUGGAUACAAUUCAUAAGUUAAAACAAUUGUUUGUUUUUUUGGGGGGUUUUUUUGGUUGUUGUUUACUUUAUUUUUUUAUUUUAAAUGAGCACUUGCAAAUAUUCCAGCAUCUAAAAGCUCUUGGGCCGAAUGUUAUCAUUUAGUUUUGUUUUAAGACAAGUCUUAAUGUUUUCUGAGCCUGGUGAUUUACAGUUUCCUCAUGAGGUGUAAGGCUGUGUAGCUUCUGCCAUGAGAUUAUGCAUUAAAAAAAUCUCAUUCUGAAUUAAACACUAUCACUGUAAGAAAAAAAAAGAGUACAAUGCAAUUUCCUAUGCAAAUUAGGUUAUUAAUAUGGAUGUGCAAUAGGAGAAUUAAUAUGGAUGUGCAGUGAACUGCAAAAUGGCAUUACCCUGACCAUUAGUCGAUUUCUUUUUUUAUUCCUGGAUGUUUUUAUCCUUUUCUGUUAUCACAAACACACACUCUAAUUCCCUUAUAAUUUUCUAAAGCUUGUCUUAAAGGUACAAAAGUUUGCUCUAUUAACAAAUGCUGCCUGCACACAUAACUAUGCCUGUACUAUUUUUAUUCCUAUCACAUGCAUGUUAAAAUGUAUUCUGAGCAUGCAAAAUGUAGUCACUUGUAAUUUCAUUAUAUGCAUACCUACCCAGAUAUUUCCAUUUUAAUGUUUACAGCUUGUGUAUAUCUGGGUUAGCUUCUUUUAAUAAUUUCCUUUUCUCUGCCAGCAUACCGUGCCACUGUAUGUUUAGAAAUCAUGUGCAAUGGAACAUAGAAUGAAGUCAAAGAUCAUCAUAAACAAUGCUCAAAAGUGUACAUUUUGUAGACACUCCGUAAAUCUGACAAUCACCAUCAUUCAGAGUUUACAUCCUCUAAAGACUCAUUAGCUUGCUUGGUUCUCAGCGAUCCCCUCCAUUUCCACCCAUUUCCUGUUGUCCAUUCCUUCAUUUUACAGUAUUUUGAUCAUAUAAUGGCCACUUUACAAAAAACAUAUUAGAACAAAGUGUAUUUAUCAUUGUUUAAAAAAUGUAAUGGUUGUCUGCAAUCAGUUUAUUGGGUUGUUUGUACUCAUUGUUUAAAUUGUGUAAACUUUUUUUUUUUCUCUAUUGUUAAAAAUGUAUGUCACAUUAUCGAUGUAAUUUAUUCAUAAGCACUACAUGAAAUACAGUAACGUGCAACUUGCUCUUCA